ACCGACGAUGAGGACGGCCGCCAUCGACUGCAAUAGAAACAUUAAUCUAUACGGUGGUCUUCGUCCAGGGUUGCCAUUGCGCCAGAUUAUUCUUAAUUUUGCCAGACACACAGGCAAAAUGUUUCAGAUAAUUUGAAAAAAGUGUAGGUGUUGUUUCUCUCUAUUAUCAAAGUGCGUUAUUAAUCGUAGCACACAUUGAAACUUUGCUGGUAAAGUUCGAUUUUUUUCUGAAACGUUCUCUGAGCAAGAAACAUGGGAUCUGUGAAAACAAGUGCAAAAUCUCUUCAGAAAGAAAUCAGUCAUAAAAGUAGCCUUCCUAAUGGCUACGAAUUCGCUAGACAUUCACUGGAAUAUCAAAAAACUGUUCCUGGAAAGAUAAAUGUCACUUCUGAGAGCUAUGAGCAAAUUUACUCUCUAGAAGGUAUGGUGGAGAAUAGAGAAACAAUAUCUGAGCAACCAAUCGAAGAAAUGCGUUCCAUGGAAGACUGCAAAUCUGAAUCCUACAAAUCCACAAUCACCUUGCACAGCCAGUCAAGUGUUGAUUUGAACAAGUGUCGGGAGGCAACGGAAAAACUUACUCAACUCAAAUUGACAGUCGUUGAUCUAAUCGAUCAAACGAUUCGACAAUUGGAAUCAAAGGAACAGUUCGAGCAUGCCCGGAGCUUACAUCCCAAUGGCGAUGGUACCAAACCGUUUCACCGCGUUCAGAACCUGGAGGGGCCUUCCCUGAAAUCUCGAACCGCUAUCCGACGGAAGUUGUACACGGAAAUCGAGCAAUUGAUUUCGCGCCUCAAAGACAUGGAAAGUCUGGAAUUAAAAUUGACCGACUUGUGAAUGGCUAUUUUAUUUUUAAAUUACCUGUUUUUUUGUUUCUAAUUAUUUCACAAUAUACCAACUG